CUGGAUUAUUGAAAUAGAUACAGCACCGUCUCUCUUUUGCUACUAGACACUAAACAAAACCAAUCUUCCAACAUGUGCAAACAUAUUCUCAACGCACAGGUCUCUAUCAGAUCUCCUUGCUGUCGCAAAUGGUUUGACUGUGCCGACUGCCAUCGUGAAACCGAGGAUCAUCCUCUGCUCCAAAGAACUGAGAUGGUCUUUGCCUGCAAAAAAUGCAAGAAAGCUUUCCGAAAAGACGCCACAGAAUUCGAGGAAUCAGACGAGUACUGCCCGCACUGCGACAAUCAUUUCGUUCUUGAAGCCGUGACACCUCAACCAAUAUUGAAAUUUGAAGGCGAAGACGCAAGGAUUGAUAGCAGGAUGUUGAAGGAUGAUCGCAUUAGGGGGGAGGAGCAGAGAAGUAUAUUCGACGUGAAAGAGGCGCCGAAUAAGCUGGGCUGAGGUGGGGUCGUUGUAUGGGAUAUAGAAAUCAGGAGGCAAAGGAGGGGAUUUGAUUUAGCGACAUCACUGGGAUGCUUAAUGAGUUAUGCAAUUACGACCUGGAUAUACUGAAACCCAUGGAAUGACUGGCUAGGCACCGGAGCGAAAGUCCGCUCGACGGUUCUUUACUCAGCAGAAGAUACCUACCUCGCUAUGGCGAUGAAUUGAACACAGGACAGGACAUUUUCAUCGCUCAUUGCUAUAAUACACAGGACCCAUGGAGAAUGCAAAGAAUCAACGAAACGACUCUACGCAGUACUAUCAGAUCCUCUCGUCAAAAUUGCCGCAUUUCCAGUACCGGGCGUCCGACCAGUCUUCUUCUUAGCAGCCUCCU